GCUGGCUGGCGUCGCGGAGCCCCAAUCAUGUGCCAUUACGCGCGGCGUCGGCGCUCACCAUUGGCUGCUGGGGAAAGAAGCUGUGCGCAAAACCAACCCCGCCGCUCACACUCACUUUACAGAGACCGAGCUGAGAGCAUCACCCGCUUGGAGCGCACAGACGCACUGAUUAUGAGAGCUGCUAUUCGCCAACAAGUUGCUUUUUCUUCUUUUUUUGUUUUUGCUCUGACAGACAGCCAGGAAGUGCCUGUUUUGUUGUGUAACUUUUUGUGAAGAAGGGCCAGUGCUUUUUUUUCAGCGCACAGGAAGUGUUGGCGACGCGUCCUGGCUCCAGUCCGGUGCAGAAUUGAUUAAAAAGGCGCUCGGAUCAGAUGGCUGUGCGUCAGAAGAAAAUGUUCCACGAGUCAAAGGAGCGGGAUUUCACCUUUUGGCAGGCAGAUCAUUUGGGAAAUGCGCACUGCUUGUAAAAAUAAGGAAUAACGCCUUUUUUGUCCUGAAGUGCACUUGGAAAGAAGGAGCGGAGAUGAUUUGGUUGCUUUUCCUGUGCUCCAUCCUGGAUGGAGCGCUCUCUCAGCUCCGCUAUUCCGUGCCAGAAGAGCAGGAGCCCGGGACUGUGGUUGGGAAUAUCGCAGAUGAUUUGGGGCUGGACAUUACCAAACUUUCCGCGCGGCGCUUCCAGACUGUGCCCAGUUCACGGACACCUUACCUGGAGGUGAAUUUAGAAAACGGCGCUCUUGUGGUGAAGGAGAAAAUUGACCGGGAAGAAAUUUGCAAGCAGACCAUUCCGUGCCUUUUGCACCUGGAAGUGUUUUUGGAGAACCCCCUGGAGCUCUUUCGCGUCGAGAUUGAAGUGAUGGAUAUCAACGACAACCCACCCAAUUUUCCCGAGGCGGACAUUUCCGUGGAGAUAUCAGAAAGCGCCAUCCCAGGGACGCGUUUCCCGGUGGAGAACGCCUUCGAUCCGGACGUGGGCGCAAACGCGCUCAGCACGUAUGCCAUCACGAAUAACAACAAUUUCUACCUGGACGUGCAGACACAAAGUGACGGCAAUAAGUUCGCCGAGCUGGUGCUGGAGAAGCCGUUAGACCGGGAGCAGCAGGCGGUGCACCGCUACGUGCUCACCGCGGUGGACGGAGGCAACCCGCAGCGCACCGGCACGGCGCUCCUGGUCGUCAAAGUUCUGGACUCCAACGACAACGCGCCCACUUUCGACCAGUCUGUGUACACGGUGGACUUGCGGGAAAACUCCCCCUUGGGCACCCAAGUGAUUCAGCUUAACGCCACUGAUGUGGACGAGGGGCAAAACGGGGAGAUUAUUUAUUCCUUCAGCAGCCACAACACGCCGCGGAUUAAAGACUUGUUCAGCAUUGACGCCAGAACGGGCAGGAUCGAAGUGGCCGGUGAGGUGGACUACGAGGAGACCAGCACGCACCAGAUCUACGUCCAGGCUAAAGACAUGGGGGCUAACGCCGUCCCCGCUCAUUGCAAAGUGCUCGUUAAACUUGUGGACGUGAACGACAACACUCCAGAGAUCAGCUUCAGCACCGUGACGGAGUCGGUGAACGAGCAGGACGCCCCUGCUGUCAUCGCACUUUUCAGCGUCUCCGAUCGAGACUCCGGCGAGAACGGUGUCAUGAGCUGCGAGAUCCUGGGAGAUGUUCCUUUCAAGUUGAAGUCUUCUUAUAAGAAUUACUACACCAUCAUGACCGACGGCCCGCUGGACCGAGAGACCACAGAGUCCUACACCAUCACGGUAGUGGCGAAAGACAAGGGCCAGCCGGCGCUUGCCACCAGUAAGUCCAUUAAAGUUCACGUCUCUGAUGAGAACGACAACGCGCCGCACUUUACACAGGCGGUUUAUGACGUGUAUGUGACUGAGAAUAAUGUGCCUGGGGCCUUCAUUCACGCUGUGAGCGCUGUAGACCCUGAUAUAGGACAGAACGCUCUCAUUACUUACUCCAUAUUGGAGUGUGACAUACAGGGCAUGUCUGUGGACACAUACGUGUCCAUUAAUCAGGACACGGGCUACCUGUACGCGCUGCGCUCUUUUGAUUAUGAACAGCUCAAAGAGUUCAGUUUCAUGGUGCAGGCCAAGGACUCAGGAACCCCAGAGCUCUUCUCCAACGCCACAGCAAACGUGAUCAUCGUGGACCAGAAUGACAACGCCCCCACCGUCAUCGCCCCAAUUGGUAAAAAUGGCACCGCUAAGGAGCACCUGCCACGCUCUGCUGAGCCUGGAUACCUCGUGACGCGCAUUGUGGCCAUGGAUGCUGAUGAUGGCGAGAAUGCACGGCUGUCCUACAGCAUCCUGCGAGGCAACGAGAUGGGCAUGUUCCGCAUGGACUGGAGGACCGGGGAACUGAGGACCGCCCGGCGGAUCUCACCCAAGCGGGACUCUCAGGGCCACUAUGACCUGCUGAUUGAAGUGAGGGACCACGGGCAGCCCCCCCUGUCGUCCUCAGCCAGCGUGAGUGUGAUAUUAGUGGACAGUGUGGUGGAAGGUUGGAGUGGGGAUCGUGGCUCUGCCUCCAAGGCAAAGGAGACCUCGCUUGACCUGACGCUCAUUCUCAUCAUCGCCCUGGGCUCUGUCUCCUUUAUCUUCCUCUUGGCCAUGAUUGUCCUGGCCGUGCGUUGCCAAAAGGACAAGAAAUUCAAUCUCUACACCUGCCUGCUGGCCGGCGACUGCUGCAUGUGCUGCGGCUCCUGUUGCAGCAGGCAAGCUCGCAGCCGCAAGCAGAAGAAGCUGAGUAAGUCCGACAUCAUGUUGGUUCAGAGCACCAAUGUGACCUCAGGUGUGGGGCCCGUGGGGCAGGUGCCCGUGGAAGAGUCUGGAGUGGGCAGCGUAGGAGGGGGGUUUGGCUCCCACCACCACCAGAACCAGAACUCCUACUGCUACCAAGUGUGUCUGACACCAGAGUCUGCCAAGACGGACCUGAUGUUCCUCAAACCGUGCAGCCCCUCCCGAAGCACUGACACGGACCACACCAACCCGUGCGGCGCCUUAGUCACCGGUUACAGCGACCAACAGCCGGACAUCAUCUCCAACGGCAGCAUUCUUUCUAGCGAGAACAAACACCAGCGGUCGGAACUCAGCUACCUGGUGGACAGACCAAGACGUGUUAACAGUUCGGCAUUCCAAGAAGCAGACAUUGUCAGCUCGAAGGACAGCGGUCACGGUGACAGCGAGCAAGGCGACAGUGAUCACGACGCCACCAACCGGGGCCACUCUGCCGGCGCUGACCUGUUCUCCAACUGCACGGAGGAGUGCAAGGCCCUGGGCCACUCGGACCGCUGCUGGAUGCCAUCCUUCGUCCCAUCAGAUGGGCGCCAGGGGCCGGACUACCGCAGCAACCUCCAUGUCCCCGGAAUGGACGCUACACUACCAGACACUGAGGUACCCUCCUCUACCGACCUAUCUGAAGUCGCCUUGGCCUCGUCCGCCGCUUCGUCCAACGAUAGGUCAUUCUCCACCUUUGGCAAGGAUGGUCAAAGGUCACAGUCACACAACAGCCUUCACCAUCACCUCCAUCAGCAACAGCAGCAGUACAGCUCCAGCACGCUAGAGCGGAAAGAGUAUGAUAGGGGGACCCUUCCGUACAAACCCACCUUUCUCUGUGAGUAUCAGUAUGAAAAAUCCCUGGGGCCGUUUGACUUUGGUCUGGUCCAGUACAGAUACUAAGGGAAAGGGGUCACUUGAUUGUGGUCUGGACUAUCUACUUCUAGUUCUCCCAUUUGUAAGGAGCUUACUGUUUUGUUGUGUUGCUCUUUUUGUAACUGUUUUGUCAAAUGUAAAAUGUAAUCUAUUCUUUUCUCCAAAACCCACGUAAAUAGACGCACGGGCUAAUUUUAAAUAUUGUCUGUAUUCAUGUGACAUAAAAGGAAAAAUAAACUCACAUUUAAAUUGGUUGUCAUAUGGAUCUGCUGUGGCCCAUUUUCUUUCUCCCACCUCGGCAAACUUCCCCCUUCAAAAUCCUUUAAAAGCUCUGGUUUUUUAUCUGAUGCUCAUAUCAGUAAAGGUCACCAACAUCAAGCUCACCUCAUGUUUUUAUUCGUUCCAUCACCUCAUAUGUCUGAAUGCCAUUUAUGACAGCAAACGUGAUUUGGAUGUGCAUAAACAACCAGAUAAUCCAUGUUAUUCUGAAGGUUAAAGUGCAAGGCAUCACAUUGGAAGCAACGGGACGCCACAUUUAAAAAUGUAAACAUUUCCAGCUAUAAAGAAGUUGUACAGAAUUCAUUAGGAGAGGAUAACAAAUCAUUUCCAACUCCCACGGAACAUGAAUAAUCUAUUAGCUCUAAGAGACGCGAAUGUAUCGGAUGUCCGCGCUGAGUAGAGAGGCGGUUUCCAGUCAAGUCACCAGCAUGUUCGCCGCCGUUUUUCCUUCAUACUGCAUGCUGUCUCUCAGGUAAAGGAUUGUUUGUGACCCAGCAAACAGUGGCAGGCCAUCGCUCUCCUACAGAAGUUCUCUGUGCAAAAGAUAAUUGCUAUUUAGCCUUUAGGUGAUUCUCUAAAUAUAGCACCCUGCUCAUCUCUUCUGUCUCGCAGGCUUACGAUAAAUGUGCAAUAUAAAACUCCAUUGUACACCACUAUUGGAUUUAUGAGUUCCUUUUGGUGUUGGGCUCUUCAAAUAUAUGGGCUUCGUUUUGGCACAACAGAGGUUUUGCUCCGUGUAAAAACAAGAACAAUUGCCCCGGAAGCCGAUGCUAUAAACCAAAAGCCAGCCUGUUCUACGUUUGAUAGGAACAUCUUUGCCAGUGGCUGUAGUAAUGUUUCUUAAUAAACAAUUUAUAAAUCUUUAAUGAUGCAUGAACAGUGGUGGUUCAGUGGUGUCCUGUAUUUCUUGAAUUCAAUGGGUUUCCUCAUCUUCUUUGUCAAAAUGCUGGCACUUGCAAAGUUUCUUGCGCUACUCAUGUGACAAACUAUAAAUAAAAACAUGUUUUGUCACAUUUUUGUCUUUCUGGAGCAGAUUAAUUGUAUAUGCGGCGGUGCCUUGGUUAACGUCAUUAAUCCAUUCCAAAAUGUCUGACUCAAACCAAAACGGACUCUAACCAGAGCAAAUAGAAAAUAGAAGAAAAUAUUGUCAAUUACAUUCAUUAAAAAUCUUAACACAAGACAAAUUUUAUAGACAAUAAUUAUAGUUUUACAUGCAGAAAAUGAUGCAAAAAUAAUCACAAAUGACAAAUGAACGGACAACUGAAUAUUUAACAUCACUUUUACCCAGUCAAAAGACAAAACCAUCAAUGAACAAAAUAACACAAACACGUUAUUGUGCUGCAACCACAAUUAUCAAAAAUAUAUCAAACUAAAUAUCAACAUUCUAGAACCGAUAAACAUGUCCCUUGUCAUUUAAUGUAGAAAAUGAAAAUAAAACUGCUGGCCGUGAUGUGGCGGAAGUGCGCCGGCAAGUAUUUGUUUGACUCCCUGCCGUGAACAUGCUUUGUUGUUAGAACCAGAAAUGAGUGUUAAGGAUGUAAAAUGAGAAAGGCGGAAACACAGAGUGUCACCCUCGAUGCGCCGCCAGGUUGAUAGUAUGUGCGUGUGCAUGCGUGUGUGAGUGGGAGGUGCCUCUGAGCGGGCGAACGCAAGCCACGGCAAAAUUUUAGCAAAAACUUUGGAUGUUAACCGAACAGACAUUAACCAUUACCACUGUAUGUUGUAAUACGUUUCGGUUAGGAAGGGAUUAAUGACACUAACCAAGGUUCCACUGUAAUCUAUGACCACAUUCAUUUGUUGUAUUCAGGUGCUGUCUGCGCUCAUUGCGUAGGGACAAUUCCCCACAUAGAUCAACAUAUGCCACCAUGAUGCGCAUGCUAGAUAUUGCCUCCAGGGUUUUGCUAAAUUGGGACCACCCAAAUUCAACCAAUCACCUGAAAUGCUACAACUUUGUCCAAUUGUUACAACUUCCCCGCAUGUUUUGGCCAAUCCCUGCGGCGCCCCCUAGAGAAUGCCUCAUUGCUUUGGUUUCAACCGCUUCAUGUGAGCAGUAUGGGUGGGAACGCCAGUUUUUCACCUGUAGAGGGCACCCAUCCAACAAACAUAUCCAGACCUGAGAGCAAAUGAUUAGCAAAUAAAUAUGAAAUCCUCCCCAUCCCUGUGGCGCCCCCUAGAGAAUGCAAUUGCCCUGGAGGCCCAUAGCUACAACCGCCACUGUCCAUGUAUAUAUAUUUAACGGCACAAUUACUGCACAGCACAUGGCCUCAGUUAGUUUUAGCAUCCCUGAGGAGGAGACUUUAUGGUAUAUAAAUAGCUUCACCGCAAGUCUUUUGUGGCAUGUAUCCUUCAAGAGACUGUAUUUGUAGCCGUCACUAAAAAGCCUCACGGGAAAUAGUGUCAUUUGUCUUAACGACUGUUCUUUGU